ACGUGAGCGAUAGGGAGAAGGUGUCGCAAAGCCGGUUGCUGGGGAGACGGCGCGCUCCUGUGAGUUGCUGGGCAGCGGCGGGGGUUCAGUCAGUCAGGCACCAUGGGGGUCCUGGUUGGAGCAGUUGACCAAGGCACCAGCUCCUCUCGGUUCCUGGUCUUUGAUCCUGAGACAUCUAAAGUUGUUGCUCAACACCAAGUGGAAAUUACACAACACCUUCCAAAGGCAGGAUGGGUAGAAGAGGAUCCUAAGGAAAUUUUACAUUCUGUUGUGGAAUGUAUUGAGAAGACAUGUGACAAACUGAAAAAUCUUGGGAUAGAUACUUCUGCUAUUAAAGCUGUUGGAGUCAGCAGUCAAAGAGAAACAACAAUCGUGUGGGACAAAAUUACUGGAUUACCACUCUACAAUGCAAUUGUGUGGCUCGACCUCAGGACACAGUCAACUGUGGAAAAGCUUAUUAACCAGCAUCCGGAGAAAGACAAAAAUAUUCUUCAGGCAAAAACUGGCCUUCCAAUCAGCACCUAUUUCAGUGCUGUAAAACUGCGGUGGCUGCUUGACAAUGUGGAAGAUGUUAAGAACGCUGUAGCCAAAGACCGGGCUCUGUUCGGAACUGUUGAUUCUUGGCUUAUUUGGUGUCUGACAGGUGCAAACAAUGGUGGUGUUCACUGCACAGAUGUGUCCAAUGCUAGUAGAACUUUGCUGUUCAACAUCAAGACCCUUAAGUGGGAUCCUCAACUCUGCAAGCUCUUUGAUAUUCCAAUGAGCAUUCUUGCAGAAGUAAGAAGUUCAUCAGAAAUUUAUGGAUACAUGAAAGGUGGGACACUGACCAAUGUACCCAUUUCAGGAUGUUUAGGUGACCAAUCAGCUGCCAUGGUUGGGCAAUUGUGUUUUAAACCUGGAGAUUCAAAAAAUACAUACGGCACAGGCUGUUUCCUGUUGAGUAACACAGGACAGAAGCCGGUGAUAUCUAAACAUGGCCUUUUGACAACGGUAGCGUAUAAAUUGGGCAAGAACAAGCCUACAUAUUAUGCACUGGAAGGAUCAGUCGCUAUAGGUGGUGCUAUAGUGCGAUGGUUGCAAGAAAAUCUUCGUAUCAUUAAUUCAGCUGAGGAAGUUGAAAAGCUUGCUGCAUCUGUGGGUUCCUCUCAUGGUUGCUAUUUUGUUCCAGCCUUCUCAGGGUUAUAUGCACCAUAUUGGGAACCUAGUGCAAGAGGAAUAAUAUGUGGCAUUACCCAGUUUACAAAUAGAAAUCACAUUGCAUUUGCUGCUUUAGAAGCUGUUGCCUUUCAAACACGUGAGCUUCUUGAGGCCAUGAACAAAGACACUGGGAUCAAACAGACACAUCUCAGAGUAGACGGAGGAAUGACCAGCAACAAGAUAAUGAUGCAACUUCAAUCAGAUAUACUUGGUAUACCAGUUGUAAAACCGAGCAUGACACAAACAACUGCACUAGGAGCAGCCAUGGUGGCUGGUGCUGCAGAAGGUAUUGGAGUCUGGAAUCUGCCAGAAGACAGUUCCUCAUUCUCAGACUGGGAGAAAUUUGAACCACAGAUAGAGAUUGAAGAGAGCAACAAACGGUUUCGUCGCUGGAAGUUAGCUGUACAAAAGUCAAUAGGCUGGGCAGAGCACAGUGACGAUGAUUUUGAUGGACAGGGAAUACGGCCGUUCCUCAAAGCCUCUGCUGUGCCAUUUUCCUCAUGAUUUGUUUGCCUUCCAAUAUUUGGACACAGCAAGUUAUAAUUAAAGCAUGAAUUGAAAGUGCCUUUUAGGUAUUAUCAAGAUACAGAAAUGAAUGCUGGUACUUUAAUUGCAGGAUAAAGUAUUGCUGUGUAAUUAUCAAAUGACUGUAUGAAAUUAAAGUUCAGGACUUGCAAUUUUGCACUCUUAAUCUGAGACUGUUUUUCACUGAUUUGAUGCUGAAUUUAAAUGGGUUAAAUCCUAACAUUGAUCACUUGCACAUCUUACUGAAGAGUCCUAUUUUAACUUCAUCAUAGAACUAGAGCAACACUAGGGAGGAGGAAGAAAUGAGAACUGCACGAAUUUUGAAAUAUAUCUUUGAAAAUCUCCAGCUCUGUACAUUUCAUUUCACUUACAGUGCCUGUUCUACGUUUUACAUGUACUGGCAGUAGGCAACUGAGUGUCCUCACUUAAGCUUCUCAGACUUUGACUGGUGGUCACCAGAUCCAGGCAUGUGAAUGGUGCAUGUCUUCGCUGAUAUAAUUGAAAGCUAUUUAAAGGAAUGAAUAGAAUGUGGGUUGCUUCUAAACUGAGCUAUGUAUAUGAAGUAGUUACUGUGACAAAUAUCCUAUCUUAAUGCUUGAAAAUUGGAGGAAACAAAUUUCUCAGAGGAAAAUGUACUUCAAAUUAAAUAAUUUUUAAUGGAAUGCUGGUUUCUUUGUGCAUGUAUUUUAAACUUGUACCAAUGAACAACUGGGUAUAUCAGCCUCCUUGUUCUUGAUUACAAUGCUGCAUUUGUAUGUGUCGAUGUUGAUCUUCAUUGUUCCUUGUCAUACAACAUACUGAACCAUAACUGUACACAGCCAUGUACAACAAAUCACAAAAUAAAUUUGUUGCCUGAUUGUUAUAUGAUA